CGUGCGUGCCGCACUGUGGUGUCUGUGUCCGUUUCCGCCGUUCCACGCGCGUCAGUAACACCGUUAGCCGAGAAAUUUUCGGUGCGCGAAUAAACGUUUCGGAAAGCAAAAGUUCAAAGCAAAUAAAAAAAGUUCAAGCCAAGGUUUAAAAGCCAGCUCAUCAACGCAUUUCUCGAGCAGCACCGAGCAAGUGUUAAUUGAAAAAUAAUCUUCAAGAUAGCGUUUUUGUAAAAUGGCAACAGCUUGCCUGUCGGAAUUCACGGAACGCUUUCAAUCCACACAAUUCAAUUCACCUGCCAAUAAAAGUGAUAAUGAUGAUGAGGCGCCACCACCUCCAACGCCCAAAACCAGUGCGUUCUUCUUCAGCGCCAGCACCAACUAUCACAGCAAAAUACAGCAGCUGAUUAGCUUCAGCUUCACCUCCUCGUUUCACCUGCUUUUCAUCACCUGCAUUCUGAGCAUUAGCAAAUUCUGCAAUGCUGCAGCCAUUAAUGCCGCUCAGGUGUCGGCCGCCGCGCCCAGUCCCAGCGAGAUAAUGCAAAAUCUGAGCGGAUCGGGGCUGCUGGAGAAGCUGAAGGCCAGCACUUUGGGGCCACCACUCGAUAGACUGAAACACUUGGCCCCGGCGGCGGCCAAUAGCCUGAGUCCUCCUGGCAUAGGAUCCGGAAUGGGCAUCGGAAUGGGAAACUUUGGCAACUCCAUAAACUCGGUGCUCAAUGGCAAUCCCUUCAAGUUCCUCAACGUUUCCGGGAAAAUCGGCACCUCAUUGGAUAUAUCGACCAGCCUUUCCAACUCGUGCGAGGAGAAGCAGUUCCAGUGCUCCAACGGCGACUGUAUCCCCAUACGGUUCGUGUGCGACGGCCACUCGGAUUGCCGGGACCAUAGCGACGAGCGACUGGAGGAGUGCAAGUUCAUAGAAUCAACUUGCACUACGGAGCAAUUCCGCUGUGGCAACGGAAAGUGCAUUCCGCAAAGAUGGGUCUGCGAUCGGGAGGCGGACUGUGCCGAUGCAAGCGACGAGUCUCCAUCCCGCUGCCGGGGUCGUUGCUCUCCCAUCAUGUUUAUGUGUAAAAAUAAUGAGCAGUGUGUGCACCGGGAGUUUGUCUGCGAUGGCGACGAGGACUGUCGCGACAAGUCCGACGAAUCUGAAUGCGGCAGCCAGACAUGUUCGCCUGAGCAGUUCGCCUGCAAGUCGGGCGAGGGCGAGUGCAUUCCCCUGGCCUGGAUGUGCGAUCAGAACAAAGAUUGUCGCGACGGAAGCGAUGAGGCCCAGUGCAAUAGAACGUGUCGCUCGGAUGAGUUCACCUGCGGCAAUGGACGUUGCAUCCAGAACCGCUUCAAGUGUGACGAGGACGACGACUGCGGCGACGGAACGGAUGAGAAGGGCUGCGACAGUGGGCACACGUGUGCCGAGGAUGCCUUUACCUGUGCCAGCGGCACCUGCAUCCCCAAACAGUGGCUAUGCGAUGGGGAUAAAGACUGCAUGGAUGGCAGCGAUGAGACGCAAAACUGCACUCGCCCGGCGAUAAACUUCUGCCAGGCCUCCGAGUUCCAGUGCCGGGAUCACAUCACCUGCCUCCACAGGACCUGGGUGUGCGAUGGCGAGGCCGACUGUCCCGAUGGCGAGGAUGAGUCCCAGGAGCACUGUGCGAGCGUGACCUGCCGGCCAGAUCAGUUCCAGUGCGACGAUCGCAGCUGCAUUGCUGGCCAUCUGACCUGCAAUGGGGACCGUGACUGCCCCGAUGGCAGCGAUGAAAAGAAAUGCAACCUAAGUGCACCACCAAGGACAUGCAAUGCCACCAGCGAAUUCGAUUGCGGUGGUGGUCAGUGCAUCCCCAAUUCCAAGGUCUGUGACCGGAGGAAGGACUGCCCCAACGGCGAGGAUGAACCCGCCGGCAAGUGCGGCAUCAACGAGUGUGCCUCCAAGAAUGGUGGCUGCAUGCAUCAGUGCGUAAACCUGGCGGUGGGUUAUCGGUGCGAGUGCCAGGAAGGCUAUAAGCUGGCAGCGGACAAGCACAGCUGCGUGGACAUCGACGAGUGUGAGACCCAUGGUAUCUGCUCACAGGUGUGCGUCAAUGAGAUCGGAGCCUUCAAGUGCGAGUGCGAGGCGGGAUACAUGCGAGUCCUGAAGAACCACACCCGGUGUAAGGCCAGCGAGGGUCAUGCCUCUCUGCUAUUGGCCCGGCGUCAUGACAUUCGUAAGAUAGCCCUCGAACGUCCUGAAAUGACCUCGAUUGUGAAUAGUACCAAGGCAGCUACAGCUUUGGAUUUCGUAUUCCGCACGGGGAUGAUCUUCUGGAGCGACAUUGCCACGCAAAGCAUCUACAAGGCGCCCAUUGACGAGGGCAGCGAGAAGACCGUGGUGCUCAAGCAAUCUUCGGUUACCUCGGAUGGUUUGGCGGUGGAUUGGAUUUACAACCAUGUCUACUACACGGACACCCACAAGUGCACCAUUGAACUGACCAAUUUCGAGGGCAACAUGGGCAAGGUUCUUAUUCAGGACGCUUUGGACAUCCCGCGUUCCAUCGCCCUGGAUCCCAUUGACGGCUGGAUGUACUGGUCCGACUGGGGUGCAUCGCCGCGCAUCGAGAGAGCGGGCAUGGAUGGCUCCCACCGCACCACCAUCAUUAGCUACGAUGUCAAGUGGCCCAAUGGCAUCACUCUGGAUCUGGUUAAGAAGCGCCUGUACUGGGUGGAUGGCAAGCUGAACACCAUCUCGUCAUCCAACUACGAUGGCUCUGAGCGCCGUCAGGUGCUGUAUUCCGGCGAGUACCUGCGGCAUCCCUUUUCCAUCACCACCUUCGAAGACUACGUUUACUGGACCGACUGGGACAAGCAGGCCGUCUUCAAGGCGAACAAGUUCACGGGAGAGGAUGUGGAGGCCGUGACCGCGGGGCAUAUGCUCGAACAUCCCAUGGUGGUCCACGUUUACCAUCCGUACCGCCAGCCCGAUGGCGUUAACCACUGCCAAUCGGUCAAUGGCCACUGCUCUCACCUCUGCCUGCCAGCGCCCAGGAUUAACGAGCGGAGUCCACGCAUAUCCUGCGCCUGUCCCACGGGCCUGAAGCUGAUGCCCGACGGCCUCAUGUGUGUCGAGGAUCCGCGUGUCCCGAAAGCGAGGUAUAACAGCACAGCGGUGCCCAGGACGACAAACAAGUCGUUCACCUCAACCACCACAAGACUACCUCAAGAUGCGCACAGUGAAGCGCCGGUUGGAGGAAAAGCCGGCAGCAAUGGCACCCACACAACCAAUAAGACCAAUAACUCUGCCCAGAACUCAGAGCAGGACUAUGGCCAAAUAGCCAUGAUUGUGAUAGCAUCUCUAACGUCCGCCGCUCUUGUGGUUUGCAUUCUUGUGGUCACGUACAGACGGUGCACGCGGGCGGUCAACUCGAUGAACUUUGAGAAUCCGGUGUAUCACAAGACCACGGAGGAUCACUUCAGUCUGCAGAAGAACGGGACGCCGCAGAUGUAUGCCACUGCCAUGGAGGAGGAGCAUAGUAAACCCCUCGUUGAGUCGGGCACCGAGUGUGUGUAAUGUCCUGCCAAAGGUCCUCCCAAAUGCAUAUCCAACACCGGGUAGACACCGAAGAAGAACUACUGAGCAUCUCCUACUAGUAAUUCCUUUAGACCAAGGCACCAAAAUAAAAAACAAGAAAAACUCAACUAAAAAUGAAAGUCUAAGCAACAAAUACUUUCAUUUAGCAGUAAGAAAUGAAGAAUGCCAAAAACAAAAUAGAAAAGACAAGAACGAAAACAGCAUAGGGGAAAAGUAAAGAAAAUACUCAACAAAUUCAAUUUGUUGCCUAGUUUAAAAUUUAAUUUAAAUGUAACAAUACUAAACACACAUACACACACAUAUAUAUAUAUGAACACUUACACGAAUACGCAUACACACACACAGUCACACGCCCAUAAACUAAUAACAACGCAAAACUUUUCUAGGCGCAACGUUUUAACAUCAACUAGCGUCGAAAGACACACGCACACCAGUCACAUACCUCACCCAUACUCACGCCCACACCACCCACAGACACACACACCCACACACAAGCCCAGAAGAACUCAGAGAAGGAACGAAGGAGCCAGGACACGGAGCAAGGAGUGCAACUUUCCUUUCACGUCCAUGAAAUCAAUUGUAAAAAGUUAAGACAUUUCGUUGAAGUUUUGCUACAGAAAGAGACAUUUUGUGAAAUCAAAAAAAGAGAAUGGAAAAAAAUAUAUUAGCUAAACGGAAACUGUUUAUAGGCCUAACUAUUAUUGAGACUAGUAAUUAAACCCGUUUUGUUAUGGAACAAAUAAUAAAAUCAGUUAUUAUCUUGAA